UUUCAACACUACUAUAUAACAAAUAAUUUGAGGUUUACUAAGUCAUGCCAGUUUAUAAAGUAAACGUAAAGUGGGGAAAGGAGAAGUUCAGUGAGAUUGAAUGCAACACGGAUGAAGCUCCUCUUAUCUUCAAAUCAGCUUUAUACUCUUUAACCGGAGUCGUACCAGAACGAAUGAAGGUUAUGGUCAAAGGCAAAGCUAUCGGGGACGACACCUGGACUGGGAUAAAGAAUCUAAAGAACAACAUAACCAUGAUGAUGAUGGGAAGCGCCAGUGAACUGCCUCCAGAACCAGCAGAGAAGACCCAGUUUAUUGAGGACAUGUCAGAGAGCCAAGUUAAUCAGGCUUCAGACUACCCACCUGGAUUACACAAUCUUGGGAAUACUUGCUACAUGGCAGCUACUCUACAGUGUCUUAAAACAGUCCCUGAACUUACAGAAAAACUCAAACAAUCUUCAGGUCAGUUCACGAGGCAGUCCAUGGUUGGUAGUGAAGGUAUCUGUGCGGCUAUGAAGCAGCUCUACACAGAAAUGGACAAAACAUCCGAGUCUGUCACCCCUCUGGUCAUGUUGAAAGUGUUGCACAUGACAUUUCCUAGAUUUGCUGAACGAGGGGAAGGGGGUGUGUUCCAACAGCAGGAUGCAAACGAAUGCUGGACGGAGAUAAUGAGGAUGAUGUCGGAGUACUUGCCAGGUGAAGGGAGCACUAACACUGAAACUGUCCGGAAAUCCUACAUAGAACAAUAUUUUGGGGGCGAGAAUGUUACAACGAUGAAGUGCAGUGAAACGGAGGCAGAACCAGAGACGAAGUCAAUAGAGAAGUGGACCCAGCUCCGAUGUCAUAUCAACACUGAUGUCAGAUACAUGCAAGUCGGUUUAACCAUGGGUUUGAAAGAAAACAUAGAAAAAACUUCAGCUACAUUGGAAAGAAACGCUGUUUAUGUUAAAACUUCGAAUGUGAACCGGUUACCCUCCUAUUUGACCAUUAAUUUCAUACGAUUUUUCUACAAAGAAAAGGAGAACAUAAACGCUAAAGUGUUAAAGGAUAUAAAGUUUCCGAUGGAGUACGAUGCUUUUGAGUUGUGUACCCCGGAGUUGCAGACCAAGAUAACGCCCGCUAGAGACAGAUUUGAGGCACUGAGAAUGAAAAAAAUUGAAAUAGAAUUGUCAGGUGAUGUAAAGAACAAAAAGAACGAAAAAAAGAAGGAAGAGAAGGAAGUGAACUACGAGCCAUGUUCCUUCUCAGAUGACCUAGGGUCCAGUAACAGCGGAUACUACGAACUCCAAGCUGUGCUCACUCACCAGGGUAGAAGUUCAUCGUCUGGUCACUAUGUUGCUUGGGUUAAACACACGGAAGAUAACUGGAUAAAAUGUGACGAUGAAAAACUGAGUAUUGUGAAGGAGGAAGACAUCUUGAAACUUAGCGGAGGAGGUGACUGGCACGUAGCUUACACACUACUGUACGGUCCCAAACGCCUUGAAAUAUGGGAGGACGAGAAGAAAGAAGAAGAUAAGAAAGAAGAAGAUAAGAAAGAAGAAGAUAAGAAAGAAGAAGAUAAGAAAGAAGAAGCAGUUCCUGAGAUGGAGAAGAUGGAAUGAGAUGAUCUCCAUUUAUAACACGUGUUUUAAGCGUCUGGUACGAUUGAGCACUCAGUUAGCACACAAGCACUCAAAGUUAACUGCAGAACAACGCCCCUCCGACAUUUCAAUUGUGCUUCAUUUGUAUGUUUAUAUAGUAGGUUUUUUUCGUACUGGUCAA